AAGCCGCUCCGGCAGCGCCCCCACCCCAGUCCCCGCCUGCCUCUCCACCCUCCGCCCAGCCCCGGCAGCGUCCGCUCCAUCGUCUUGUCACCCCUGUACCCGGGGAUGCUGCUGUCCAAGAUCAACUCCUUGGCUCACCUGUGCUCCGGGCCCUGCGUGGAGCUGCACUCGGCCAAGCUGCCUCCCGGAAAAGAAAAGGAGCCCUUGGAGAAGCAGUACCAGGUGGGCCCACUGCUCGGCAGCGGUGGCUUUGGGUCUGUCUACUCAGGAACCCGGCUAGCAGAUGGCGCACCGGUUGCUAUCAAGCACGUGGACCGGGAUAGGAUCUCGGACUGGGGGGAGCUGCCCAAUGGCAACCGAGUGCCCAUGGAAAUCCUUCUGUUGAAGAAAGUGAGCUCGGGGUUUCCUGGGGUCAUCCGACUUCUGGACUGGUUCGAGAGGCCCGACAGUUUCAUCCUGGUGCUAGAGCGGCCGGAGCCGGUCCAGGAUCUCUUUGACUUUAUUACGGAGCGGGGAGCCCUGCAGGAGGAGCUGGCCCGAAGCUUCUUUUGGCAGGUGCUGGAGGCUGUCAGGCAUUGCCACAGUUGUGGGGUGCUGCACCGAGACAUCAAGGAUGAAAACAUUCUCAUCGACCUGAACCGGGGGGAACUCAAGCUGAUUGACUUCGGAUCCGGGGCAUUGCUUAAGGACACAGUCUACACUGACUUUGAUGGUACCCGAGUGUAUAGCCCGCCAGAGUGGAUCCGUUACCACCGAUACCAUGGCAGGUCUGCAGCAGUGUGGUCCUUGGGCAUCUUGUUGUAUGAUAUGGUCUGUGGUGAUAUUCCCUUUGAACAUGAUGAGGAAAUUAUCCGGGGCCAAGUUUUCUUCAGGCAAAGAAUCUCUUCAGAAUGUCAGCAUCUCAUUAAGUGGUGCUUGGCUCUGAGACCAUCAGAUCGACCAUCCUUUGAAGAGAUCCAGAGUCAUCCAUGGAUGCAAGAUGUGCUCAUGCCCCAGGAGACAGCAGAAAUCCACCUACACAGCCUGAUGCCAGAGUCCAGCAAAUAAUAGCCUCUCUUCAAGCUCCCCCCCACCCCUCCACCUUCUCACCGAUGUUCACGGGGCAGAGAAGCUUCCUCCCUUCUCUUGCUUCCCAAGUACCGAUGACUCUUGGAAUCAAGCAGGGCCUUGCUUGUUACAGGAACAAUUCAUAGCUCAUUCCAGACCCAAGCUCCCUGGAGGCUUCCUCCUAACUAGGAGAAACUACUCCAUCCCAGGUGGCCUGGGCCUCAACUUCAAAGGAUUUUCCCCUUACCACUUCCCCCAGGUUACCAGUGUUUCUCAACACUGCAGAAUCUGGAGGCUUCAGCUCUGGGCUGAGACUGAUUUCCUAACCUAUAGAGUUCUAUUGAAUGCUGGGAGGGUUGGAGGAAAAAAAAAGGGGUGGGGG